CUCUCUACGUCCUCGAUCAACACCCUUAAUCCUGCCUCACACAGCCCUUUUACGACCUCGACCCCGCCGCUGCCACCUCCUGUACGCCCUGUUCCAUCUAUUCGGCCCAUCUUCUAUCGUCUACUAGUCUCGCACGAAGAGCCACCACACCCCCCACUAGUGUCAGUCCCUACCUGAUGACCGCUCUUUUUCAGAGCAACUGUAUACGCUACCUCGAUGGAUAACGCAAACCUGUGGACGCGGAGAGCAAACUCCAGCAAGCUGUCUCUGUCCAUGUCCGGGACUGACAGAGACGGUGGCGCCCGAGUCGAUCUUCCCCGCAAUCACACAGCGAAGCGCUUCGGUCCCGACAGCUCUCAUGGACGGUCGAAUCCCUUCAAUGCGAUAUCUCCUCUCUCCGCGGGCGCGUCCUCCCCGUCGAUAAACGCCUCGUCCGCUUUCGGCCUGGGGUCUGGCGCAUUCGCGUCGUUCGGUUCUUCAGCCAAGACUCCGAAGACGCCCUCCGGCGGUGCCUUCGAUCUCAGCUCGAAGACUUCUGGUGAUAAGAAGGAUACGCAUGAGACGGAAGGCACGGGGACGGACACAGUGAAAGCGAAAGGCUCGACGUCCUCACUCAGCACAUCCGCUUCCACCAUCAAGACACACCCUCUCAAGUCGACGUGGAUUGUCUGGUACCGUCCACCCACACCGAAAUACUCAGACUAUGAGAAGUCAACAAUCGCACUGGCAUCCAUUUCCACGGUUGAAGGCUUCUGGAGUGUCUAUUCCCACCUGAAGAGACCAUCUCUCCUCCCGACUGUUUCCGACUACCACAUCUUCAAGAAGGGUAUCCGUCCCGUCUGGGAAGAUGAGGCCAACAAGAAGGGUGGGAAGUGGAUCGUCAGAUUGAAGAAGGGAGUUGCUGACCGGUACUGGGAGGACCUUCUGCUGGCCAUGGUGGGCGACCAGUUCGCGGAAGCUGGAGAUGAGGUCUGCGGUGCCGUUCUUAGCGUGCGGAGCGGAGAGGACGUGUUGAGUGUCUGGACGAGGAUCGACGGUGGAAGGAACAUCAAGAUCAGGGAGACGAUCAAGCGAUUGCUCGCCUUCCCGCCAGACACCAACAUCGUUUGGAAAAGCCACGAUGACAGCAUUGCUCAGCGAUCUGCUAUCGACCAAGCUCGUCAAGAGAAGGCUGCUGCCAACGCUGGUCAUCAUCACCACCACGGGGGUGACCGGCGGAGGGCUAAUAAUGCCAACCACAACAACAGCAACAGCCAUGAUGACACAACGGGUGACAAGGGGAAAGGUUCGGCGUCUUGAAAAAGGGUUAAACUGAGCCUUGGUAUGGCCCUGUAUAGUAAAGGUUAACUGGCAUGCGUUCUUCACUGGGUUGGGGGAAGGCUUGGGCGAAUUCCUGCGUCUGCUUUAGUUUUAAUGCAAGAUGACAUGAAAGGACCAGCAUCUCGAUGCUAUGUAGUCUACCAUUGGUAUCACGAUUGCUUCUACA